AUGCGCGAAUUAGACGACAUCUUGAAUGAGACUGCCUCUUAUGGGGAUCGCUUGAAUGAAUUUCUUAAACUCAAAACGACCAACAAACCACAGAGCAGAAAUACUCCAUUUACGUUGACAUGGAGAAAUUGCCACAAAAAACCGCAGCCCAAAGACGCAGAACAGAAUUCGAAGGAGAUUAAAAAAAAUGCGCUUCGCGACUCAACAAACAAUGCUAAUACAGCGAUACUUCAGUCACCACCAGUUGUCGAAGCGCCCGCCUCCCCAUUAUUUUCGGAGAAUGCGCAGCCAUCGCGCUCUCUUAGCAACUCGCCGAAGAGAAACCUGCGGCGAAGCGGAGGCAUUCCAGGAUCAGAUCGUCUGCGACGCGUGGCAAUACAACGGCGUUCCAGGAGCUGCGGUCGUGAUCUGCUUAAAGAAUUCAACGAUGCGGAGCCUCGAACAUCAAAUACCCAGCAGCAGGAGGAAACUAGUUCUGCAUCCAACACUUUGAAUUUUAUACCUGGCAUUAGCAGCACUCCAGCAAUAGAUGCACAGGCUAAAAAUUCAACAGCAGCUUCUGCUGUUGCUGUCGCAACGGAGCAGGAGGAGCAGGUUGGCGUAAGCUUCAAGUACUCUCAACGACGCGAAGAGGUUCCGCUGUCUUCAACAUCCCAACGCGCCGCAAACGCAAAUAAUGGAACUGUUCAACGCACUUAUACUGUCGAAAUGGGCCCCGAGCCAGGACAAUUGCUGCUCUCGCCAUCGCGUAAAAACAGCAACAGUCGUUUGCAUCUAUCGCCGUCGCACUCGGUUCAUAAUGCGUCGCACAGAUUGUCCAACAGAACAUAUGCUACUUCACCAGCUAGAGCCGAGAUACUGGCGCCAGAUACGCCACCACGAGUGCUGGCACAUUCGCUACGGGAGUCGGAGUUCACUGUGCCGGAAACGCAGCCACACGAUGGUAUUCAGCAGCAAGUUCUGCAGACGAUGACAAACAGUCCCAAAGCGGCUCCAUUCGUGGUCAUACCAUUAGCAUGCCUCAGUCCAAAAACACAAAAUUCAAUAAAAGACCAACAACAAUCAGCAGCAACUUCAUCAUCACCAAGAGCAGCUUCAUCAGCAGCAGUUCCAAAAGUUGCUAGUCGUAGUAUGCAAACUUCUGACAAUUCACGUAACAUGAAAUACUUAAACGCGCUCUUAACAGACGACGACAGCGAUGAUCAGCGAGAACUGAGUUCAUUACUACCAUUAAAUUUAGCACCCCCGGGUGGCAAUACAACAAGACAGAGUCGUCUAAGAAAACGGGGGCAACGCGCAAAAAGUCCCAAUAUGCUGUUGGAUUUGCAAACCUCACGGACACAGCGUCAGAAACCUCUAAAAAAAUCUGUGCUCAAUAAACCAUCGAAACGGCCCAUUAAUGGCGAAGAGUUUGCCGAGGAAUUGGCCAGGAUGAGCAACUAUGAAAUACUUGAUUUACGCAAACGUAAUUCCCUUGGCAAGUUGAUCCCCCUGAACGGUCAGCGCCAGAAUCCAAAGGAGCAACAGAUCAUUGAAGAACACAUCAAGUGGGAACUAAUGCGACGUGAUCGGGAUAAUGUCAGCCCCAAGAAGUCGCUAAGUAAAGUCCCAUUGCCAACAGCAUCACCAUGCGCCAAGUCGCCAAUUCCAAAAUCGUUGACAACUCCAAUCAGCAAACCGACCACGAAUCCGUCGUUCAGAAUGUCGCCAGCUGUAGCACCUGCUGGAAUCAGGGAUAGAUCUAUGCGCGAACGACGGCGUUUACGACGGGAAAGCGAGAAAAAUGCAUUGGGAAAUGAUUCCUUGGACAGCUCACCGGAAAAUGCUUAUCAACAGAUAUCAAAGCAACAAAGGAAACGUAGCAGACGUCGUAAGUCAAGUGUGAGUGAGGACGAGAUACUAGCUAUUUGCACGCCACCAGCGCAGUUUAGACGCUCUAAGCAUAAGCAAAAAGAGGAGCCAAGCACGACUUCAUUGGCAGAGCCACUAGCCGACUUUCGGCGUUCCAAGUCAACUGUGCAGCUACCAGAUUCUCCAACCCAGUUGCGCAAAUCCAUGUCCAGGCACACAGAGGAGACGAAUAAGACUGUGGUGGCAGAGCCGCCUCCAGACUUUAGAUAUAGAUCUAGACAACGGAUUGAAGAUGACCACAGCGACGAAGAUGCACUUCCACAACCAACAGCACAGCUUCGAAAGUCCAAGUCGCUACACUUAGAACAAUUGAAGACCAAUGAGACUGUUCUGCCAGAGCCGCCUGAGCAAUUUAGAAAGUCCAGAUACGUAGAGCAAGAGUCUGAGGGUGUGUCGAAUACAUCACCAUUGCAAGAGUCAAGAAUUUACAGAUCUAGAUUGCGCAUUCAAGACAACGAAUCGCCACCUCUAAAGCAAUCUGUACAGCUCCGAAAGUCCAAGUCGCGGCACUUAGAGCAACUAGAUAUCAUUGAGUCCAAUGAAACUGUGAUCUCAGAAAAUCCCCAACAAAUGCGAUUGUCAAAGUCGAGACGCUUUGAGCAGCUGGAUAUCGUAGAGUCAAACGGUCAUUGCGAACGUUCUAAGAUCACACACUUGGAGAUGCAUACUGAGGAAGUAUCUGCACUUCCAGAGCCACCCGAAGAGUAUAAGCGACAUAAAUCUAGACUACGCAUUGAAGAUGAUGAGUCCGACGAAGCUGCACCACCAAUGCCAGCUUCGCCUGUACAGCUGCAAAAACCCAAAUCUAAUGACAAAAAGAAGCACAUAACUAUACAGCGCAUUGAAGAUGACGAUUCGGAUGAGGCUGCUAUGCCGGAUCCGCCUACACAAUUGCUAAAGUCAAAAGCGAAGCAUUUAGAACAAAAUAAUAUAGUGGAAUCUUAUGAAACUGUACUGGCAGAUCCACCAGAACAGUUCAAAAGUCCAAGUCGCGUCAAAGACAUUUCGCGGGAGGAAGUGAUGCCGCCAUCGCUGCCCAUUGAAACUGACUUGGACGAGAUGCCAAGUACAAGCAAUAAUACGGGCAGCAAUCGUCGCAGGGGUAGAAAGAAGAAGGCAUCGAAUAACGACGUCAAGAUAAAAAAAAAGGAAGCAGCAGUAUCGCGUGAAAAACAAAGUCGCAGAGUCGAAGAGGCCAAAAAAGAAUUGUCAAAUCUUGCUAUUAAUCUACCAAACCGGACGCUGCCUCCAUCCGAACACGAUGACGAUCAAAACACAACUGGAGUUCGAAAGUCCAAACGGGGACACAUUCCAUUGUGCAACACCUGGGUGCACACAAUGGAUGAUCCUUUUUUCUUCCUAUUUAAAAAACCCUAUCAACGCAAAGUUUAUCCCCUACCACCGAAGCCAAAAAAGAAAUUACAUAUUAAUAACACGGAUUUAUUUGUGGACAAACCGCCGUUGGCCAGUAGCACACCAAGCAACGAAGCCACCAACGCCACAAGCAGCGACACUAAAGCAGAAAAACAGAAUCGUAAGAGAAAGCAAUUAACCGGAAUAACGUUGAGUAGCAUAGCCGAGCAACCAGAAGAACGUUCUAUGGAACUUGAGAUAAAAACCUCUAAGCGGGGACGGCCAAAAAAAUAUGAUCCGAUAUCUUCCAAGGAUAUUGACACACCGAAAACAUUCGUCUCUUCAGCAUCACAAACAGAUUUUGAACCUGCGCUGGAAUGUCAUCCCACAGUCCAGUCAACAAACUCACCGCAAAAUGACGGAUUUCCUCUGAAUUGGCUACGAAAUUUAAAUGAUCAACCCAUUCCUAAAGAUAACAGUACACAUCAAGAAUUCAAAUCAAUGAAAAUUUCUCGGGCAUCCAAUUUGCAGUACUCGAAAAUAAACGGACUCGACUAUGCGUUUUAUGGAGGAAGCGAUAACACUAUUGGGUUUAUCCGUUUUCAACCCUUCCAAGUCCGAGGCAUUAAUAAAGCUAAAAGCAAAUUGACCAAUGAGACUGUUCUGCCAGAGCCGCUUGAGCAAUUUAGAAAGUCCAGAUACGUAGAGCAAGAAUCUGAGGGUGUGUCGAAUACUUCACUAUUGCAAGAGUCAAGAAUUUACAAAUCUAGAUUGCGCAUUCGAGACAACGAAUCGCCAUCUCUAGAGCAAUCUGUACAGCUCCGAAAGUCCAAGUCGCGGCACUUAGAGCAACUAGAUAUCAUUGAGUCCAAUGAAACUGUGAUCUCAGAAAAUCCCCAACAAAUGCGAAUGUCAAAGUCGAGACGCUUUGAGCAGCUGGAUAUCGUAGAGUCAAACGGUCAUUGCGAACGUUCUAAGAUCACACACUUGGAGAUGCAUACUGAGGAAGUAUCUGCACUUCCAGAGCCACCCGAAGAGUAUAAGCGACAUAAAUCUAGACUACGCAUUGAAGAUGAUGAGUCCGACGAAGCUGCACCACCAAUGCCAGCUUCGCCUGUACAGCUGCAAAAACCCAAAUCUAAUGACAAAAAGAAGCACAUAACUAUACAGCGCAUUGAAGAUGACGAUUCGGAUGAGGCUGCUAUGCCGGAUCCGCCUACACAAUUGCUAAAGUCCAAAGCGAAGCAUUUAGAACAAAAUAAUAUAGUGGAAUCUUAUGAAACUGUACUGGCAGAUCCACCAGAACAGUUCAGAAAGUCCAAGUCGCGUCAAAGACAUGUAACAAUUGUGGAACCAGAUACGAGUGAUAUGGAAAAUACACAGCCACAGCUUCAGCGUUCCAUGACCCAACAGCGAGAGCAGUUGGUGGCUCUAAAGUCAAACAUAGAUGGAAUGGAAAUGCCGUCGUUGCAAUGUGUUGAUGAAGUGCGAUCGAAUGACGUAGACACUGGUGCAGAGGCAAUCAUUAAUUCGCCACCAAAACCAUUCAACAACAACACAUCUCAUAUUAGUUCUCGGGAGGAAGUGAUGCCGCCAUCGCUGCCCAUUGAAACUGACUUGGACGAGAUGCCAAGUACAAGCAAUAAUACGGGCAGCAAUCGUCGCAGGGGUAGAAAGAAGGCAUCGAAUAACGACGGGAAGAUAAAAAAAAAGGAAGCAGCAGUAUCGCGUGAAAAACAAAGUCGCAGAGUCGAAGAGGCCAAAAAAGAAUUGUCAAAUCUUGCUAUUAAUCUGCCAAACCGGACGCUGCCUCCAUCCGAACACGAUGACGAUCAAAACACAACUGGAGUUCGAAAGUCCAAACGGGGACACAUUCCAUUGUGCAACACCUGGGUGCACACAAUGGAUGAUCCUUUUUUCUUCCUAUUUAAAAAACCCUAUCAACGCAAAGUUUAUCCCCUACCACCGAAGCCAAAAAAGAAAUUACAUAUUAAUAACACGGAUUUAUUUGUGGACAAACCGCCGUUGGCCAGUAGCACACCAAGCAACGAAGCCACCAACGCCACAAGCAGCGACACUAAAGCAGAAAAACAGAAUCGUAAGAGAAAGCAAUUAACCGGAAUAACGUUGAGUAGCAUAGCCGAGCAACCAGAAGAACGUUCUAUGGAACUUGAGAUAAAAACCUCAAAGCGGGGACGGCCAAAAAAAUAUGAUCCGAUAUCUUCCAAGGAUAUUGACACACCGAAAACAUUCGUCUCUUCAGCAUCACAAACAGAUUUUGAACCUGCGCUGGAAUGUCAUCCCACAGUCCAGUCAACAAACUCACCGCAAAAUGACGGAUUUCCUCUGAAUUGGCUACGAAAUUUAAAUGAUCAACCCAUUCCCAAAGAUAACAGUACACAUCCAGAAUUCAAAUCAAUGAAGAUUUCUCGGGCAUCCAAUUUGCAGUACUCGAAAAUAAACGGACUCGACUAUGCGUUUUAUGGAGGAAGCGAUAACACUAUUGGGUUUAUCCGUUUUCAACCCUUCCAAGUCCGAGGCAUUAAUAAAGCUAAAAGCAAAUUGCAAUUCGUGGUUUUUUAUGGUGAAUUCGAAAUUGAAACUAACGAUUUGGAAACCAAAAAGGACCCAAAGACAAAUGAACUACUUCCUACGCGCGAUACUAUAAGCGCUGGCGAUUUUUUGCUAAUUAAGAUUGGUACUCAAUACAAUAUCAAAAACUGUUUAGAUGCAGAGGGCGUUCUACUUAUUAACCGCUGUUCUUGAAUACAUUGUGUUUUUAUUCCCAAUAAGUAAACAAAGAUGAAUUAAUGUUUACGUUGUAUUACAUUUUUGAAUAUACUGUUUUUAUUUUCAAUAAGAAUCCAAUGAAAUG